AUGACGUCGCCCCACGUUGUUACCUCACACUGUCUCCCCGUUCGUGACUCUAGAGGUUUUUCUUCAGCACAUUUCUUCAAAUUUCGUUCUUUUCGUAUCUUUCUUCUUCCUCUUCUUCUUCUUCUUCCUCUUCUUCUUCCUCUUCUUCUUCUUCUUCCUCUUCUUCUUCUUCUUCUUCCUCUUCUUCUUCUUCUUCAUUUUUGUCUUUCCCAAGUGUUUCUUUCUUUCUUUCUUUCUUUCUUCAUUUCUUCAUUCCUUUCUCCCUUUCUUUCUUUUUUUCUUUCGCUAAAAAUUCAUUCUUUCUAUCUGCUUUACAUUUUUUCUUCCUUCCCCCUUUUUAAACUUAUCUUUCUUUUUUCAUUCUUUUGUGUCUUUUUUUUUUCGUUUUUUUUUCUUUCUUCAAUCUAUAAACUUUCUUUCAUUCUUUUUUUCUACGUAUUUUCAUUCUUCUUCCUUUUUUCAUUAUUUUUUCGUCUUUUUCUUUCUCUACAAUCUACAAACUUCUUUCUUUCUUUCUUUCUUUCUUUCUUUCUUUCUUUCUUUCUUUCUUUCUACAUAUUUUACAUAUUUUUAUCUUUCUUUUCACUUCCUUCUCCUUUAAAUUCCCCUCACUUCAGAAACAUUCCCCCCCCAUAA